AUGACACGCAAAGAUCUCAAUGGCGAGGCCAAAGGCCUACGCAUUCUCAUCGUUGGUGCUGGGAUUGGUGGUCUGGUUGCUGCCAUUGCUCUAAGACAAGCAGGACACCAUGUGGAGAUAUUCGAGCGCUCACGCUUUGCGAAUGAAGUUGGAGCUGCGAUUCAUCUGUCCCCCAAUGCCAACGGGGUGUUGCGGAAGCUAGGAAUUAACGCGGUGGAGUUCGGGGCUGUCGAGGCCGAGCUGGUGAGUUACCUCGACGGAAAACUUGCUAUAAUUUGUGCUGAUUUCGAAAGUUGCGAGAAUACACACCCACUGGCGAGGAGGUGCAUAUCAUGUCCAUCAAGGAAACCGCGGGAAUGUGGAGACAUGUAUCGUUGGCUCCUUGUCCACAGGGCGCACUUCCACGAGGGACUCAAAAAGGUCGCACAGGCGCCUGGGAAAGGCAAGCCUGCUCGCCUGUAUACUGCCAGCAAGGUGGUAGAUGUAGAUACGCACACCGCAUCAGUCACUCUCGAGAACGGCGACGUUAUCGAAGGUGAUGUGCUUCUUGGUGCAGAUGGCGUGCACUCUAUAACACGCAACAAAAUCUCAACAGACAUCAAGCCCUUCAGCUCAGGCAAGAAUGCUUUCCGUUUCCUCAUCACCCGCCAACAGGCACUGGACGAUCCUGAAACAGCCAGCAUCGCCCAGGAUAUGGGCGCAGUUGAUAUGUGGGAUUCAGAAGAACGUCGUGUGGUCAUUUAUCCGUGUGAUAAUAACGAGAUGCUCAAUUUUAUUUGCCUCCAUCCAGAGACGGACACCCCGACUGCCAUCAACCCCGGCGGUGACUCCUACAAUCAGCAAAUUGGAAAGGAUGCCCUACUUGAUGUGUACAAGCACUUCAACCCUCAGGUCAGAAAGUUACUUGAGAAGGCAGAUCCUCAAACACUCAGACUAUGGCCGCUGUUGGAUAUGGAUGCGCUCCCAACAUGGGUCGACGAUCGUUUGGCUCUCCUGGGCGAUGCAGCUCAUCCUUUCCUGCCCUAUCGUGCUUCUGGCGGUGCGAUGGCUAUUGAAGAUGCUGUCUCGCUUGCCGUCAUGUUACCGGGUGAUAUCUCGAGAGAAGAAGUGCCGGAGCGUCUGAAAGUCUACGAGAAAGCCCGCCACGAACGUGCCACAACCAUACAGCAGAUGACUCGCGACUCUACCAAGCUUCAAUCACCCCAAUCAGCCUGGAGUAUGAUCGCGUAUAUUUACGGCCACGACGAGUUCGACCACUCCGCUCAGGUCCUCCGCAAACAUCUCUGGUCUCAAAACCCCCAGGUGUAUUGGCGUCAGCCAAUCGUCUUCGGACCAAUGCCGGGCCCACGCCAGGAUUGGAUGGGCCGGGACCGAGUCUUGAAAUCAACCCAGUCGAAGUUCACAACGGCAUCGAUCAAGUUCAAAACCAGCCGGACACUUCUGCAAAACCUCUUCCCGUCAGACCGGUAUAGUUUCAUCGCGCCUGGUACAGUUGCGCGGGCCAGCUUUUCACAGACUACACUGGGUGGCAUGGAUUGGUUAGGAGGUGGUGGAUACCGCCACAUUGGGCUUUACAUCCACGGUGUCCAAUACAAGAAGGAGAAUGGAGAGGUUCUGAAAGGGACGUAUAUGCCCAUAUUGUUUGAGAGCCUUGCCGACCCCAUUGUAUCCGGCCGCGAGGAGCUGGGCAUGCCGAAGCUGUACACUGCCAUCGACGUUCAUCAGCGGGCUGACUCGUACCGGAUGCAAACUAGCUGGCAAGGUGCUGUCUGGGGACACUUUGAACUAGAGGAUCUGACGGAUGAGGACCCUGCUGCGGAUGCAGGGACCAUUGGUGGUGAAGCAGAUGACGGAAUCUUGGUGUAUCGGUAUAUUCCGAAGGUUGGGAGAGACACCAAGGGCCAGGCUGAGGCUGAGUACCCGAUCUUUGUUCCUCAUGCUGCUGAGUCCAAGGUCGUUCCUUCAAAGGUGACCCGAGUGCAGCGUACUUCCAAGGCCAAGGUGGAUAUCCACGGUCUUGACUGGGAUGCUCUUCCUACACUCCAUCAUGUUGUUUCUCGACUGGGCGAAAUUCCCAUUGAUGAAAUCAUUGAUGCCAAGGUUGUCAGUGGAUUUGGCGUCCCAGAUGUUUCUUCGGCCAUGCGGAUUGAAUAG